UGAUAUGACGUCACUUGCUUGACAUAAAAUUACCAGAAAUUAGAAAUGGCUGCAAUGGGUAGUGGACGGGGAACGAUGGAUUCCCAAAAUCAAGUGCAAAGUGAUACAGUAGAUCGAUUAAAAUUGCUUUAUCCUAAUGUUAAUGAAGAUGAGACUCCUUUGCCGCGAUCUUGGAGUACCAAGGACAAGUUCAGCUACAUCGGGCUGUCGCAAAAUAAUCUCCGAGUUCACUACAAAGGUGGCACAGAGGGCCCGGGCCGCCGCCCCCACCUGUCCUACCUCCACUUACGUCUCUGGAUGUAUCGUCACGGCAAGACGCACAAGGACGCCGCAUCAGUGCGCGCCACGCACCCGAUCCCGGCGGCGUGUGGCCUCUACUACUUCGAGGUGCGCAUCGUGUCCAAGGGCCGCGACGGCUACAUGGGCAUCGGCCUGUCCGCGCACGGCGUCAACAUGAAUCGCCUGCCAGGCUGGGACAAGCACUCGUACGGCUACCACGGCGACGACGGGCACUCGUUCUGCUCCUCGGGCACCGGCCAGCCCUACGGGCCCACCUUCACCACGGGCGACGUCAUCGGCUGCGGCGUCAACCUCAUAGACAACACGUGCUUCUAUACCAAGAACGGACACCAUCUGGGCAUCGCGUUUAGGGGGUUGCCGCCAAACCUGUACCCGACAGUGGGCCUCCAGACUCCCGGCGAAGUGGUCGACGCGAACUUCGGCCAGUCUCCCUUCGUGUUCGACAUAGAGGACAUGCUGCGGGAGCUGCGCGCGCGCACCCGCUGCGCCAUCGACGAGCUGCCGCUGCCCGCCGAGCAGGGGCAGUGGCAGGCCGUGCUGCACAGGAUGGUAUCCUCCUACCUGGUGCACCACGGCUACUGCGGCACGGCGCAGGCGUUCUCGCGCGCCGCCGCGCUGCCCAUAGCCGAGGACGUCACCUCCAUCAGGAACAGACAGCGGAUAUCAACGCUGAUUCUCUCCGGUCGCAUCGGGGAAGCCAUCGAGCUGACCCGCCUGCUCUACCCCGGGCUGUUGGAGCGAGACGAAGAGCUGCUGUUCCUGCUGCACUGCCGGCAGUUCGUGGAGAUGGUCAACGGCUCCGACGGAGAGACGUGCGGCGAGAAGGCGGGCAGCAACGGCGUGGCGACGUCGGUGAUCGCGCACACCGGCCGCGCCACCAACGGACAAGACCUCAAACACACCAACGGUGUAACAGAAGAGUCGCCGCCUCCGGUGGAGAAGAACGGCGUGAACGGCGCGCGGCCCGACGCCGACGUGGACAUGGAGCCCGCCGAGCCCGCCGCCGACGCAGGGUUCGCGCCGGUGAAGGGCAUGCCGGGCGUGACGGCGAGCCUGGGCGCGCUGCUGCCGAGCUUCUACCCGCCCGACGGCGACGGCUGCGGGGGGCGCGCGUCCGUGGAGCGCAUGCUGGCGUUCGGGCGCGAGCUGUACGCCAUGAGCCAGCGCCUGCGCCCCAACCCCGUACACAAGGCCAUGCUCGAGGACGCGUUCAGUCUCCUGGCGUACAGCAACCCGUGGGCGAGCCCGGUGGGCGCGCAGCUGCACCCCGCGCGCCGCGAAGCCGUCGCCGACAGACUCAACGUCGCCAUACUAGAAAACAACGGCAUGGAAUCCGUAUCACCGGUCGAGGCGUGCGUGUCGCACUCGCGCAUGCUGCUGCGGCGCAUGGCGCGGGCCGGGCUGGGCGCGUGCGCAUUCGCAGACUUACCCGCGCUGCUGCGCCGCUGACCGGCCAUUGGACGCCGCCGCCGGCCCACGCACGUGUGAUUGGUGGGUGAUGUGAGAGGGGCGUGGCAUUGUGUGAAGGAGCUGUGGGAUGUUGGCUGAAUACGGUUACGUAUGGCAGGAUUGGUGCAGAAGAUUAUACACAUGUAAACUGCAAGCCACCGUCGUGUGAUUUGAGAGGGUGAAGGUGCCGUAACCGUGGAUAUGGAUAGAGAUCUGGGCUGAAUAUAGGUGUACUGCAUUUUUUGACUUGUCAUAGAAGGUUAUCUAUAAAUCUGUCUUUUAAUCUACAUGUUAACAAAUAAAUGGUUUCAUUGCUUUUUAACAUUUUUUUCUAGUUCUGUUGAAAUCUUUUGAAACCAUGUUUGCAAGUUUUUCCAUUUCAUUGGUUUGUAUGUUUUAUUUUAAAAUUUAGUUUUUAAAUAAAUUAAAUUCAAUACCGUUUAUGACUAUUCUAAAAAAGUGCAGUAUACGUAUCCGUGCCAUACGGCAUACAAGCAGUACAGGAGUUUACAUGUAAACAACAAGUCUCUUCUGAUAUGAAUUGAAAUGCACCGAAGCCAAACACCAAUCACAACAGCCGCCGCCGCCAGAUGUCGCCACGAGUGUGAAUAAAUGAGUGAUCGAAAUGAAGUGCGCGCAGUUUUAAAAUAAUCCAACGAAAACGGACGUUUACUAUAAAUAUUAUAUUAUGAAAAAUUACGAUGUAGUAACAUGUGAUGUGAGCGCGGACAGACAAUGCGUUGUGUAUUUUGUCAUUAUAUAGAUAUAUCGAUAUAAAUAAAUACUAAUGUAUGAAGUUCGUCGGUUUGUCGCGAGAAUACCGGGAUAUUUAUUUAGAAUCAUCUACUGAUUUUUUCGGGAAAUAUCUCGGCCAUUUUUUGCUGUUGUAUAUUGUUGUGAUACAUUUCAUGCAGCAAAUAAUACCAAGAUAUAUUCUAGGAUCUACAACCGUGUACUAUGAAUUAAUAAUACCAUGACACUGCUAAAUGUAACCUUAGUUAAAUCAAUUUUAUUUACAGUCGGAAAAGCAGGAAAAUCCAUCAGAUUUUCCCCAACUUUGGCCAGCUAUCGCGACAAAUCGACAGAUUGUUAAAAAUAUAAUUAUAAAUAACGAAAGAUCGAGAAUACUGAGUGUGUAAUGGUAAAUAAAGUAUGUUUUAGACUGCGCCGCCGCCGGGCUCGGGACGUUUUGACGAAGUUUUCGUGACGAAAUGGAGCCAGCUCGAAAACUAUUUUUGUAUAUACGCUUCCUAGCUUUUAGGUCUAGAGGGGUUCAUGAAUGGCGCGAAAUUAUCGCGGUAGGCUUCAGAUUGUUAUCCUUGCUUGGAUAAAGAAGAUUUUAACGCGUGUAUUCAAUUCUCUUGUUGAUUGUUAAGACACGCUUGCUAUAGAUAUAUUGCAUCGACUGAUCAGCAAUUUUAAAGUUUAAUAGCACCGUCCCAAGUCCAGUGGCGUAUUUUUUUCGGCCCUUACAGGCAGGCUGCCGGCCACUUAUUCGUGAAGCUUGAAAGUAAUGUAUUGACCAAUGGCGUGAUUGUAUUUUAUCUACGACCAUAAAUGACUGUCUCUGAAUGGCCAGGCGAUAAACUUUAGCGUAGACAACGGAGUUUCAUAGCUCUGCUGCAUAAUUAUACUACAUCUAACGCUACGAGACUGAGUCUAUGUUAGUGUGGCACAGCUUUAGGGAAUACGGCUAUUAGAUGUACACAAUGUACAGUCAGCUUCACGGAUAAGUGAAUGGUAGCGGUGAGUCGAGCUGCCGAACUGCCGGCCUUCUGUACUUGUCCUUGAGAGGUGAUCGGCGAUAUUGUUCUUAUAUUGUAUUGUUUUCUUUUUUAAUAAUAUAUUGUGUUUAAACGGCUA